CAUUUUACCUGAGUGCAUCACAACAGUUUGGAAAACAACUUUGAAUCGGUUACAAUUUCCCAACGGCAGCUGAAGGAAUUUUGACAAGUUUCUCAUCAAUUUCCUGAACAAACACUGUUCACCAUGUCGGUCAGCAAACCAUCCCUUCUCCAAAAUGACUUCGACAUCUUUGAAGGAACCAUACUGGGAAACUCCUACAAAGUGGAGUCUUUUCUCGGAGAGGGCAGCUUUGGUUUUGUAACCAAAUGUCUCGACAUCCAAACUAGCAAAACCGUGGCUGUGAAAGUGAGCAAGAACCGCCCCAGAAUUUUGGAACAGGCAAAACUGGAAAUGUUCAUCCUCGAGCAGCUGCGGUGUUUGGAUCCAGAAAGGAGCAACAUUGUUAAAUGGAAUGGCUUCUUCCUUGACAACGAGCGUAUCUGCUUAAAUUUUGAACUCCUCGACCAAAGCCUGUAUGAUUACAUGAAGGACCGCAAGUACCAAGGCCUUCCCAUAAGUGAGGUGAGGCCCAUUUUACAUCAACUGACAACUGCCCUGUCUCACCUCACUUCCAUGGGAAUAGUACACGCUGACCUCAAGCCAGGUAAUGUAAUGAUUGUGGACCGCCAUCAGUCUCCCCUCAAAGUAAAAGUUAUCGAUUUUGGACUGGCAUGUCCCGUGUCUGCAGUGAUUCCAGGUGUCCGUGUGCAGACCCUUUCGUACAGGGCACCAGAGGUAAUGCUCCACAUUCCAUUCAAUCAAGCUAUUGAUAUGUGGUCCCUGGGCCUCAUAGCUGUGGAGCUGGCCACAGGGCUGCCGCUCUACCCUGGUAAAACGGAGUAUGAUGUCCUCAGAUUUAUAAUAGACAUUCAGGGCCAGCCACCAGACCAUGUCCUAGACUGUGGAUUUAUCACUGAUUAUUACUUUGUUCAACAAAACUGCGGCAGUCAGCGUUGGAGAUUUAAGUCUGUAGAACAAUUCCAAUACGAGACAGGAGUCAACCCUCGAGAAACAAGAUGUUUAGAGUUUGAUGAGCUGGAUGAUCUUGAAGAAGUAAUGCAAAUCAGAACAGGACACCAUAGCGGUCAGGAUUUGUUGGUCAGCCUGAUUAAACAGAUGCUGGACUUAGAUGCCAAUCAGCGCGUCACACCCGCGGAGGCUCUCCGGCAUCCGUUUUUUCACACUGGCCUCUCACAGAGUUCCUCCAGAGAUCCUUGUAUUGUCAUGGAGAAGAGAGAAGACCAAAGCCUCAUUCUAUGUCAGCAGCCUUCCAGUUGGCAAUCAAAAGGCAGACACAGCAUUGACUGCAAUGUCGAAAACCCAGUUGAAAUCCCUAAACAAACAUCACUCAAUAUGUCGGACAACAAACAAUCCUUCCUCCCCAAUAAUCUCGACAUUUUUGAAGGAACCAUACUGGGAAACGCCUACAAAGUGGAGACUUUCCUCGGAGAGGGUAGCUUUGGUUUUGUAACCAAAUGUCGCCAUACCAAAACCAACAAAGUCGUGGCUGUCAAAGUCAUCAAGAACAUCCCCCAAAUUCUGCAACCGGCAAAAGUGGAAAUGUUCAUCCUUGAGCAGCUGCGAUGUCUGGAUCCAGAAAGGAGCAACAUUGUUAAAUGGAAUGGCUUCUUCCUUGACAACGAGCGUAUCUGCUUAAAUUUUGAACUCCUUGACCAAAGCCUGUAUGAUUACAUGAAGGACCGCAGGUACCAAGGCCUUCCCAUAAGUGAGGUGAGGCCCAUUUUACAUCAGCUGACAAAUGCCCUGUCUCACCUCACUUCCAUGGGAAUAGUACACGCUGACCUCAAGCCAGGUAACGUGAUGGUUGUGGACCGCCAUCGGUCUCCCAUCACAGUCAAAGUUAUCGACUUUGGACUGGCAUGUCCCGUGUCUGCAGUGGGCCCAGGUGUCUGUGUGCAGACCCUUUGGUACAGGGCGCCAGAGGUCAUGCUCCAUGACGUAUUUAAUCAAGCCAUUGACAUGUGGUCCCUGGGCCUGAUAGCUGCAGAGCUUGCCACAGGGCUGCCACUCUACCCUGGCAAUAUGGACUUCGAUGUUCUUGGAUUUAUAAUAGAAACUCAGGGCCAGCCACCAGACCAUGUCCUCGACCGUGGAUUUUUUACUUAUUAUUACUUCAUACAACAAAACUGCAGCAAUCAGCGCUGGAGAUUUAAGUCUUCUGAACAAUUCCAAUACGAGACAGGACUCCAACCACAAGAAACAAGAAAUUUUAAGCUUAAUAGCCUUAAUGAUCUUGAACCUUUAAUGAUGAUGAGAACGGGACACCAUAGUGGUCAGGAUUUGUUGGUGAGCCUGAUUAAACAGAUGCUGCACUUAGAUGCCAGCCUCCGCAUCACACCCUUAGAGGUUCUCCGACAUCCAUUUUUUAACCCUGACCUCUCACAGAGUUCCCCCAGAGACCAUUGUGUUGACAUGGGGAACACAGAAGACUGAAGCCUCGUUCUCUGUCAGCAGCCUUCAAAAAGCCCACACAGUACUGACUGGAGUUUCCAAAACCAAGCUGUAUGCCUAAAUUCUACACUGAGCAACAACAAUGAAGAGUGUGCCAUUCCACUCCUGCUUCUGUUAUCCUCCGCAAUCUCAUCAAAGUUGCCCAAAUUGUCCGCACUGCAAAACCCAAAACUCAUUUAAUUAUUACACCAGCCCAGUACUCGAAUGACAAAUUAAUUACUAAGUUGCUCCAAAAAUGAUCAUUUUGGCUUUUUUUUUCUCUUUCAUUUCCACUUUCCCCUCACCCCCCCAGGCGGUCGAGGCAGAUGGCCGUCCCUUCCUGAGCCUGGUUCUGCCGGAGGUUUCUUCCUGUCAACAGGGAGUUUUUCCUCCCCACUGUUACCAAGUGCUUGCUCAUAGGGAAUCAUCUGAUUCUUGGGAUGGGGAUUCUUGUGGAAAUUGAAAGAGAAAAAAAAAAGCCUAUUAAACAACAGAUAUAAUCUUGACCUCGAACAAGUAACCAUCAUAUUCAAGUGUCACUGUGGAGCAACAAUUCUAAACUAACAAUUUGACCUUAAAUUUGGAUU